AUAACACAAUUUAAUUCUGUUGUAUUGCAUAUAGCUGUGGAAAUAUUACUAGUAUUAUUAUUUAACUAUUUAUAUAUUUAUAUAUAUUGCAUUGAUAUAAAUCCAAUAUUAAUUAAAAUUACAUAAUCAAUUUAGUUAGGUAAAUAUUUAAUGUCGCAAAUUUUUCUUUUGCAACUAUAUUCUAAUUAUUAUCGGACUUUGUCCCAAAAUCAGGUAUGAUUUUAGUUAGACCAUACAAUAACAAGUAAGUAUUUUGUAGAACCUGGCGCCUUAGCAUACAAAUAUUUUUGUUCGCAAGUGAAUAUGUUAGGUUCAGUAUUCUAUAGUCUUUCUAUAAAAAUUCUUCACGCGCAUUUUUAUAGAUGAAUAGGUUUAAAAAAUUAUUUUAUAUAUACUAAUUUUUACCAUAAGCAGCCAUUUUACAGCUAUUUACACUUAAGGAGCACUAUCUUUAUCCUUUGAAAAUCUCUAUUGAUCAUUUGCAUCUAAAAUUAACAUCGCAAAGAAGUUUGUUGUUCUUUUAUGACAAUAUUAUUUUUAAAAUAUGACUUUUCCGUUGUAUAUUGUAUUAGUAGUUUUCUGUGACGUACAAAUAGGAGAUUUAAGUAUGAAAUAGAAUUAUAACAAAAGAAUUUAGAUAAUUUUCUGUAAUUACAGAAUAGAAAAAAGAUAAUACAAAUUUUUGAUUGAUUUUUCAGAUGGAUCGCCUAAUCAAUGACUUUGAUAUUAUGACUUGGAAAUAUACAAUUCUAUAUACGGGAGUUGCUGUAGGAUUCGGAUAUGCUUUGUAUAAAUGGUAUACAAAUAGUUUGAGAUUAAUACCAGGCCCAAGGGGUCUACCCAUUCUAGGCAUUACGCCGUAUAUGGACAUAAAACAUUUUCAUGUGCAAUUGAAUGAAUAUGCAAAAGAGUAUGGGCCCGUCUGUCGAAUUGACCUUCUGGGUGAAUCUGUAAUUUUGGUUACUGGUAAAGAUGCAAUUGAUGAAGUUCUGUCUACGAAACAAAAUGAUUUUUCAGACAGAUUGCAAACGUUUAGGACCAGUCUAGCUAUGAACGAAAACGAAGUAACAGGAUUUAUGAAUGAUACACCAGAAUUUAGAGAGAUAAAGAAACAGAUAUAUAAAUCAUUGAAAACCUAUGGUGAUGGUAUGAAUAAAGUUGAAAAUAUAAUGGAAGAAGUAUUAACUGAUUUGAUGAAAGAUAUUCGAAACGAGGAGAAAACUUCUGUCAAUUUUAGCCUUAAACUACAAUAUACUUUAACGACUGUUAUCACUUCGCUGAUUUUUGCACAAAGAGUUCAUGAAAAAGACAUAAUUAGAACCAUCGGUUUGGUCGAUAAAACUUCUAAAUCAUUUUUCAAUCUCUCCAGUAUUUUAUUAGAUGUUAUGCCCUGGUUAAGAUUUUUUGGAAACAAAGCUUAUCAAACAUUGAAAUCGUCUAGAAUGUCGAUUGACCAAACUUUCGACCCAACUAUUGAAGACCUCAAAAAUUCGAUUGACGAGAAUCGUAUUCGUAACUUUGUGGAUAGUUUCUAUCUUAAUUGUGAAAAGAGUUCACUGCAGCUCAGUCACUCUUUGCUGGCCAAUAAUGUCAAGGGAUUGAUAAUUGCAGGUUAUUUGACUUCUUCAUCGAUAUUAUAUACCUUAUUGUUAUUAUUAAUGAAACACCGAGAUAUUGAAGACAAGAUUGUUAGAGAGAUUAUAACCUACAUUGGUACAAACCGAUUACCUAAGAUGGAAGACCGAGAAAAAAUGCCGUAUACUGAAGCUUCUAUCUUAGAAGCCUUAAGAUAUAUAUCAAACGUCCCAAUUGCACUACCCCACGUCGCUAAGAAUACUUCUACCAUUUCGCAAUUCAAAAUAGAAAAAGGAACUCAGAUAUGGGUUAAUUUGUGGGGCUUACAUCAUUCAGAAGAAAUUUGGGGAGAUCCUUUUACUUUUAGGCCAGAAAGAUUCUUGGCUGAAGAUGGAAGUUUACUGCCUCUCGAUUCGAAACUGAGAAAAUGCUUAAUGGCUUUCGGAGCUGGUAGAAGAUUUUGUGUUGGAAAGAAUUUAGCUAUGCACAGAAUAUUUUUAAUUCUUACUGCCGUCUUGCAAAAUUUUCGCUUGGAAAUACCGAAUAAUACAGAACUAGUUGAUUUAGACUGUAGAAAAUUUGAAUUUGGCCUUGUUGUCGCAGCUUCGGCAAUGCCUUUGAAGUUUAUUCCAAGAAACCUUUAAAAUUGAAAACAGGAAAACUAUACACAAGUAUCUAAAAAUAUAAAUUAAAAGUAUAGUAUCAAUGAUUGUAGCCUGUGUUAUAUACAGUAGAACAAAUAAUUUAUGUUUUGAUGGUAACAUAUAAUGUAAACCUAAUUACCUUUCGUUUUAAUUGCUUAUUACAAACCUUAAAUUAUUCAUUUUAAGUCAUAUCUUACGUGAUUACGAUUGGAAUUAAAUUUCCUACUGCUUAAGUAGCUAUUUACUUUCGUAUACUGCUGAUGGCUUGUGACAACUUUUAACUGUAUAUUGUAAAUGUAUAUAUAUUUAAAAAUGGAUACUACUGAAUAAAUAUUAAAGAAAAUGAAUGGAG